UUAACAGAUCGUUUCUUUUGUAUCCAACGAAACAAACAGCGCUCUCUCUCUUUCAAGUCCAAAAGGUUAAGCCUUGUUUGCCCUGUAUCCUUUUCUCUCUUUCUUUUAGACUCAGCUCAGGGAAUUUUGAGCUUGAAGAAACAUAAUAGCUUGUAGUUGAAAAGCUGCUAUUUUGAUCACAAGGUGCAAUAUAAGAAGAGGAGAGAAGUUGGAUUUGAGGUUGGGUUUUCUGGGUUUUUCUUUUGGUUGUUUAGUGUUGUAAUUGAAAGUUCAGAAAUUUGGAUUUAGGUAUUGGCUGUUGGUUGUUACUGUCAUAUUCCUUUGUAAAACAUAUCGUCAUGGAUGGAUCAUUGAAGGGACCUUAUAGUUCUGUUGAUAGAUUCAGACUAAAUGAUGAUACUAUGUUGGCUUUAUCUGGUAGGAAUUUUGAUAACAGGUUUAAGAAUGAAAACUUUGUUGAUAUUCCUCUGUUGCAACCUGCUCCAAUUCCGAGAAGUAUAGCGUCUUCCUCGAGUGUGAACGAGGAGGGAGAUUUACAUGAAGAUUAUGACUUCAGUGAUGUAGUUCUUAAGUUCAUAAGUCAGAUGCUUAUGGAAGAAGAUAUGGAAGAUAAGACCUGCAUGUUUAAAGAGUCCUCAGCAGCACUUCAAGCUGCAGAGAAGUCGUUUUAUGAGGUUCUUGGAGAAAGGUAUCCACCUUCUUCCAAUUAUGAAUUGAAACCCUAUGCUGAUCAAAAGCAAGAAGGCUCUGAUGAUAGUCAUGAUCAAAGUUGUUGGAGAUGUAGUAGUGCUAGCAUCAGUAGUAGUAGUAGUAGCAGUAAUUUAGUCAAUCCUGGGUGCAACCAUUUUUUGGGUGAGCAAAGGUCUUUAAACUUUGCUUCUCAGUCCAAUUCAUCACAUCGCUUAGGGAACAGUACUGGUAGUGUGGUAGUUGGCUUUGUGGAUUCUCCAGUGAGUACUCUUAGGCUUCCUGAAAUAUUUAAUGAUAGUGAGUCUGUAAUCGGUGUCAUGCAAUUUAGAAAAGGGUUUGAGGAAGCAAGUAGGUUCCUUCCAAAUGGUGGGAGCCUGUUUGUUGAUGUGGAGAGUGAUGGAUUGUUUCUCAAAGAGCUAAAGGAAGAGGCUAAAGAGGUUGUGGAUAAGGUGGAGAAGAAUGAGUUCUUACAGGAUGGAUCAAGGGGAAAGAAGAACCCUCAUCCUGAGGAUGUGAAUUUAGAGACUGAGAGGAGUAACAAGCAGUCAUUUUUUUAUACUGAAUCCACUGUAAGUGCAGAAAUGUUUGAUGCGGUGCUACUAAACGGUCAAAGCGUAACUGACCUUCAAAAAGUUUUGCAAAAUGAAACAAGCAAGAAUGUGGAGCAGAAUGGAAAAUUGAAAGGGUCUACUGGUGGAAAGGCACGUGGGAAGAAACAAGGUAAAAGGAACGUGGUGGAUUUGAGAACUCUCUUAACCCUUUGUGCACAAUCCGUUGCAACUGAUGAUCGGAGGAGUGCAAAUCAGCUGCUGAAGCAAAUUAGGCAGCAUUCUUCAUCUAUGGGUGAUGGGAUGCAGAGGAUGGCCCACUAUUUUGUUGAUGGCUUAGAGGCACGCUUAGCUGGCUCUGGGACCAAGAUUUACACAGCUCUUAUCACAAAGCCAACAUCAGCUGCUGAUGUUUUGAAAGCUUACCAUCUGUAUCUUGCUGCAUGUCCUUUUAGGAAGCUCUCAAAUUGCUUCUCAAAUAGGACAAUAAUGAAUCUAUCAGAAAAUGCUGCUAGGCUUCAUAUUAUUGAUUUUGGUAUUCUAUAUGGCUUCCAAUGGCCUUGUCUUAUACGGCAUCUCUCAUCUAGACCUGGGGGACCACCUAAGCUAAGGAUUACAGGGAUCGAUCUUCCACAACCAGGUUUCCGCCCAGCAGAAAGGGUUGAGGAGACAGGACGCCGUCUUGCAAACUAUGCAGAGACUUUCAAAGUUCCAUUUGAGUUCCAUGCAAUUGCACAGAAGUGGGACACCAUUCAAAUUGAGGACCUCAAGAUUGAUAGUGAUGAGGUGCUUGUUGUAAACUGCAUGUACAGGCUUAGAAAUCUACUUGAUGAGACUGUGGUUGUGGAGAGUCCAAGGGAUAAAGUUCUGAAUUUGAUCAGGAAGAUGCAUCCUGAUGUUUUUAUACUGGGAAUUGUGAAUGGUGCCUGCAGUUCUCCAUUCUUUAUUACGAGAUUCAGGGAGGCUCUCUUCCAUUAUUCCACUUUAUUCGAUAUGCUUGAGACUAAUGUGCCCCGUGAAAUUCCAGAACGGAUGCUGAUUGAGAGAGAGAUAUUUGGGUGGGAGGCAAUGAAUGUCAUCGCAUGUGAGGGUGCUGAAAGAAUCGAGAGGCCUGAGACAUACAAGCAGUGGCAGGUCCGGAAUAUGAGGGCUGGGCUCAGGCAGUUGCCACUGAAUAAGGAGAUCACGAAGAUGGCAAAGGAGAGGGUAGAUACAUUCUACCACAAGGACUUUGUAAUUGAUGAGGAUAACCGCUGGUUGCUCCAAGGGUGGAAGGGACGAAUUGUUUAUGCACUUUCUUCUUGGGUGCCUGCCUCUUAAGUGAAUUUUUGUUCCUACUUGUAAGGCAAGGUCUGAUUGCAUUCUUUGGUGGUUAUGAUUUAAUGAUGAAUUUGGCAUAUACGAAGAUAAGGUGCUGACUUCCUGCAAUUAUAGACAAAAUCCCUCCCCACUAUCUCUCUUUUCUCACACACUCACACACAUGUGCACGAUUAGACUACACACAACACGCACGAAAACAGGCAUAGAGAUCUUGCCAAUUUUGUUGCAUGCAAUAGAUAUAAGAACUUGAUAUUGACAAUUAUUUGUUUGCAUUUUCUGAACAUGUUAUGUAAGUAAGAUCUUUGCUGGUGCAUAUUCUCAUGCUUUUGAAGACUGAAAUCAGAGAUUGCUUACUGGUCAUUAAUUUAGCAAAAGGUGAAUUCAUCAUGUACCAUAUUGCGUUGGUAGCUACCCUAUGGGCUGAGAUAAUUGUAUGGAUGUUCAUGGUACAUAAAAUGUACCAGGGAUAACAGCAAUGAUAAUGGCUUUUAUACCUGCACAUCCUUAAUGAAACCGUGGCCUAAUUAGAUCAAAAGCUAGCAGGUUAGGGGAAUGUAAAUGAUAUUGAGAAUCUCUUCAGCUUAAAGUAGUGCUUGUUGUUGCUUCGAAGAUGUUAAUGAACUCUCUUGUUUUACAUUGUAUCUCACUUUUACUUAAACCGAUCAACAUUCUGUCUGGGGGAUUCAAUUUAUGUCUGCUGAUAUUUAGAUGCUUCCUGUGGCUAUAUUAGUAAACCUCUUUGUUUAAUAUUCUCAUUGUCUUAUUAUUCUAACUUAUGAGCAAUAGAAUUUAAAUCUAACAUUUCUUGAGCAACUUUAAACCAAUACUAUUAAACUUCCCUUUGAUUUCCUUAAUGGAAAAGCAAACCAACUCAAUUCAAUUCAAUGUACUGAAUCCAUUAACAAUAUCUAAUGGUAUAGUUUGUGAAAUGGUCCCCAUUAACAAACCAAUCCCGAGAUCUUCUGCUGUAUGAAGUAAUGAUAUUUUAGUUUGGGGUGUUCCAAUUUAAUUAAAAAGUUGUUGCUCUUGGUUUUCUCUUUAUUUAAUAGUUUAUAUCCUGCAGUAAGUGGCAUUGAUGCAUGCGUCUUAGUUGACAUUAUCUCCGUUAAUCUCAUAUUCAAAUGCAGUUUUAUGUUAUAUUAUCCAUCUUCUAGGCUCGCUAUUUUGGAGUGAUGUUACUUGUAAGUUGUAGUAAGACUUUAUUUAAAUGUUUCAGUGUGCAAUGCAGAGUAUUGGAUGAACACACCUAAUGUUUGAAGUAGAAUUUAAUAAUCAUCCAAUCAGAAUUGUUGCUUCCAAGAGCAAUGAUUUAAAUUGGAGGUAUUUCAAUAAUUUUUCUUUAGUUGUUUGCCAAUGAACAGCAAGGAAGAGUCAUAUGCACCUAAACUUAUCAGAUGGGCAAUGCUUGGGAUAGAAACUGCUGGUUACAAUAUUUUAUACUCAAAAUAGCUUAGUAACACCCAUAAGGGUUAAUGCAAUUGUUAAGAAGAUGAGUUUCUUUUUCUUAUCAACUAGGGUUAGGUUUUCGUAGGACGCACUUCAAGAGUAAAAUUUUGAAUGCAUCAUCGACCCUUUUACAAUUAUUUUAAAAAAGAAUUAAAUCAAAACAAAACUUGGAGAUAUCCUUGAUCGUAAUAAGAUGCAUGAAUACAUUAUAACAUGAAGAAAAUUUAAAAAAAAAAAAAAAGAAUUUAGGUUUGUUAAUCUCAAUUUGAUUUUAUGCAAUAAGAUUCCAAGUAAGCUUUUUAUCAGUUUUCCGUCACCUUUGGCAGACUAAGUUAUAUGCCUUUGAUGUGUUUAGAAGUCAAGUGUUGUGGUUAUGAGCAUGUAAUCAAUUUUUAUUGUUAAUUAUCCUAUAUUAUAUUAAUAUGCUGUUAGGGAGAUAAUUAUUCACGUGACGUAAACGCCAUAUUUGAUCAUUUGAUGUGAUGCGUUACGUACAAGGAAAGGUUGAAAGUGUCCUGAAAAAUACAGCUGGUAAGAAGCAAGAAGUAGACAUUUCUUAACAUUUCAUGUGCUUCACCAAAUCUCAUCCUCCUUGGCUGGACCCUAAAUUUUUAUAUUCUUUUGAUAUGCCAGAUUGUGGAACUUCAAUCGGUUGUGACCCGUAAAAAAAUUUCAUUUACUACACUGUAAUAAAAAGUAACUAUGAUGCAAAAAAUCUUAUUUAUCAUGUUGCCAAAUGAACUUUUAAUCACCAUUAAC